GUCUCAUCCAAGAAGCCCAAAACGAAGGCUUAAUUAGUAGUUUAGGAAAUAAAUAUCGCCGAGGACUUGCUCACUGCAAGCAUGAUCACGGAGGAACAAGUUAGACAGAUCGGUGAAGAAUUAGAUCCGAUGGCCGCGGCUCUAUUUGGAGUGAAUAUGACUUUGAGAAGAGAAGUGCAUCAAGAACGAGCAAGAAUGAACGAACUUGCAUUCAGUCAGCACACUGACGACAUCGAGUCCCUCAAAAAGCAGAUUGAUGAGAAAAACAAAGAAAUCACAGAACUACAAAAAGCCAUGGAAAAACUCGAAGAACAAAACCAAGAGUUAACCGUGGAACUGAAGUCCAGAAACGAGGAGAUCAAAGCUCUAAAGGCGAGACUCAGCCGACUCGAAAGCGAGAAGAAGGAUUUAGAAGACGAGUUGAGGUCCGUUAAAGUCAAAAUUAACCGCAUGGAGAAAGACAUAAAAGAGUUAAAUGAAGCAAAGAUGGUUCAGGAAGAGAAGAACAUGGAACUGCAAGAAAAUUUCGACAAGGUCACUGGUAAAUUGGAGAGCCGAAACCAAGUAAUAAGAAAAGAAAUGAAGGAGAUUCGGGAGUCACAACACAAAGAGAUAUCGCCGCCAUCUGUCACCAUUCCAAGAGCAGGGCGACAAAUGCUUACUCCCCCGUUGCCGCGUCAUUUACAGAUAGCCGAUCGAGAGUUACAUGCCUCGCUGUCCUUGGGAGAAUUGUGCCGUCAAUUCCAAAACAAGUUGUACAAGAUAAUAUUUCCAAAUUCCGUCAUGCCAAACAGAAACUACAAGAUGAAGAACAUUUGGCGCGAUUUAGAGAAACUUCCUCAACCGAAAGAGGAAAAGGACAGAUCAAAGAAGAAGUGGGACGAGGUGAGGGAGAAGUUGAAGUGGGAUGAGAGCUACGAAGAUGCCAUGAAGUCUCUACAAGAAAGCAGAAAUCUGGACGCUCAUCCAAGUCCGCUGACGGAGGAAAUUCUUAACAGAGCAGCAGAAAUCAUGGAUUCUAAAGGUAAUCUCAAGGGCUGGCUGUCCUUGAAACGUGUACAUGAGCUGAUAACUAUGUGGAAACAGGUACAAGCAAUGGAGUAAGGCUUUCUUAUGUACUAGAGAACAAUCUUUUAUCGCUGUAGGAGCUUACAAAUUACACUUUGCAACGAAAACGAGUAGUGUACAAGUCGCGUUUUAGUUUAUAUUUUAUUGCCGAUGUGACUAAGUCAGGUCAGAACUAUACGUAACACUGGUUGGUGUUAAUCACUACGAACAGCGAAUAUGGACUGUGUGCUUUACUGUAGUUUGAACGAAGAUUUAUCCUUGCAAUUGACAAAUUUUGACGUAGAAGUUAAGAAAGCUAGUUGGACUUUGAGCCGCUUAUUACUAAGAAUGAAAGAACUGGUGUCUUCACUUUGUUAGAGAAGCGCUGCCAGAGUUUAUAAGCCUACUUAUUGAGAGCAUCUUUGAAGUUGGAGCUUAUCAUUCAUAUAUCUUUAUUGGGCGAAUAAAAUUCUUGACAGAUUUUGAAAAACUGUA